AUUGCUAUCACUUCUGCUCUAGCUUGCAAUUAGUAACAUGGGUUCAUCGGAUAAGCCAUCUAGAAAAAGGAAACACAGAAAGUCGUCUAGCAGUUCCACGACAACUUGCCUUAGAAAAUGGAUAAGAGAUAAUAAUCUUACUCAAUGCACUGGUCCAAGACCUUUGGAUAGAAUGCCCUUAAAAAUUUGGCUAACCAAAGUAUUAAACGAAAAAAUUGUACCUGGUGUUGUAUGGAUUGAUAAAAGUAAAUUAAAGUUUCGUAUACCUUGGAAGCAUAUGUCAAGAUCGUCGUUUGACAAAGAUCGAGAUAUGGAAUUAUUUAGGAUGUAUGCUCAACACAGUGGAAAGCAGGAUAAAGAUUGCAAACAAUGGAAAACCAAUUUCAGAUGUGCUUUGAAUUCACUAAGAUCUAUUGAACGAGUAAAAGAUGAAGACCAAACAAAUCAGGAUGAAGCCUAUAGGGUUUUCCGUUUCAAAGAACAAAUAAAUUUCGAAGUCGAAACUGAUUGCAUAGAACAUACUGAAAGUGCCACUGACGGAGCAAGUUAUCCGGUAUCGCCCAUCAUAGACGAAUGUGUGAAUUCGUCUGAUAACGAAUCUGAUGACUUUAGCAAUGUUAUUCUACCUGAAGGUUUCUCAUUAAAUUCCCCUAUGGAUAGUAUAGAUAUACUAUUUAGCUGUCAACAUCAAGAUGAUCAAAAUGAACAAUCGUUAUACACAAUACCAGAUUUCGAUUCGAUUCUGGGCUGUUAA